CAUAAAGCUGAAUAUGGGAGAUUCUAGAAGAUUUAAAGUGUUUGUUACACGGGUGUCACCAUAGGUUCUUAUGGGUUAAGUCAAUAUCACAGUAGUAAUGUUUUUCUUUUCAUUCACCAGUUGUGAGCUCAACUCCUGAUGACAAAAAAAUAGAGCUUCAGUGUUUCCUCAAUACGUAUAAAGGAUCUCCCCCUUGUACCAACAAAGGGAUGCAUGUCAAGUGGAGCACUGAAGAUAACACACCACGAAAUGGGAAUAGAUUUCGCUUUGAAAGUCCAUCUGGAUGCCUCUCUAAACUGUUUAUCACUGUAAAACCCACCGACCACCAGAGAACAUGGACAUGCCAGCUGCAUCAGAACGACACAGUGAAGGCCUCCAUCCUGUACACGACAACUAUAAAAGACGGCAUAGAGGAAGUGGUGGCUGCAGUGGGUGAGUCAGUGUCACUCUCCUGUAGCAACGAUUCCUCUCUCAGUGUGGGUGGCGUGAAACGGGCUGAGGGUGAAAGGACACUGACACAUCAUAUGUCACCUUACGAAGGCCAGACACAUGUGAUUAAUGACUCAUCUCUGGUUAUUAGUAAAGUGAGCGCUCUGCAUGCUGGGGACUACCAGUGUUCAUGGUACACUGGUCAGUUGAACAAGAUCAGGCUGUAUACUCUGGAUGUAACUUCAGAGCAUGGGCCAGGAGGAGAUAAUCUCACUUUGACAUGUGUGCUUAGCUGCUCUAAUGAAUGUGGGAAAGACUUCAAUCUAACCUGGUCGGGAGGCAGCCCAAACAGCUGGCAGAGCGGCUUAAUAAAUGCUGAUGACACUCUUACAAACCGGCUAUUUCUCCCUUUAAUUUCAACGACUGAUGAGAUAACCUGCUCUGUGCAUAGAGAGGGUGAAGUGAUGGCGUCUAUGAAGUGGCGUACAGUUAACUCUCUGCAAACACCUGCAUGGGUAGCCCUUCCUUUAGCUCUUCUGAUAUGUAUAACUGCUGGAGGACUCUGCAUCAUGUACAUGAAGAGGAAGCGCAACAAGGAUGCAGGGAAUGAACAGACCAGUAUUGAUAUGACUCAUGUUUACGAAGUCAUUCAGGAUGAAAAUAAUGAGGAAGCACACCAGCAAAGUCAAACCAAAAGAGGACGUGCCACCACCUCUGACAGUUUCUAUGACCUAUUACAGGCUGUUAACUGAAAAUAAAUAAAAAUGUCUCAUAA